GUUUGCUCAAAUUUCAUGAAACAACAAGAUGACUUGUAAAACCUGCUUCAAUUCGCUUGGUAUCCAAAGUUAUCCUGCCUAAUGGAGAAAUGUUAACAUUAAUAAAUGGUGAUCUUCCUUUUCUUGGUGGCAAUGUCUUAAAAUAUUAUAUUCCCUUUUCAUUGAUUUGGCCAUUUCUUUCAGCAAGAAACAUUCAAUGCCAUUCUCAAACAAAAAAUCUGCACAUGACUUUACUGACAAAAAAGGCGAGGCAAGAUAAUCUUCUUUAUUAGAGAGCAUGGGCUACUUCCCUGCUAUCUAUCCUCACAUUACUACUACCAAGAGAAAUAACACACGAAAAGAAAAAUCUCUCUUUUAACAUCUAUGGCAUCCAUUUCCAUUUCUGCUUCAUUGCAUAGAACCUGCGGUUCUCAUCCUCUCAUCAAAAAACAACGGCCUCAAGCAAGGACUGCAAGGUCUUUGGGAUCAAAGCAGGCGACCCAUGCUGUUGCUCUAAAUGUUGAAGGCCAAAGAGGUGUUGGCUUAUCUGAACAACAGGAGAAGCCUGCUUUAGCCACUGGUGGAUCAAAUAAGGCCACCGAUAAAUCGGAGAAUGGUUUUUCUGUUCCAAAAUUUAUCGAUGAGCGUUGGAAGAAAGGGACCUGGGAUUUAAAUAUGUUUGUCAGUGAUGGCAAGAUGGACUGGGAUGGUCUCAUUGAAGCAGAAGCAAAGAGGAGAAAAAUUAUUGAAUUGUAUCCAAAUACAUCUACAAAUGAAGAGCCCGUGCUCUUUCGGAGCUCCAUUAUACCUUGGUGGGCAUGGCUUAAAAGGUCAUAUCUUCCAGAAGCAGAGCUUCUCAAUGGUAGAGCGGCAAUGGUAGGAUUCUUCGCAGCGUAUAUUGUGGAGGGAUUGACAGGGCUUGAUAUGGUUGGCCAGACAGGAAACUUCAUUUGCAAAACGGUACUUUUCGUGACUGUCACUGGCAUAAUACUUUUUAGGCGAACAGAAGAUUUCAAAAACCUGAGAAAGCUGGUUGAUGAAGCAACCUUCUAUGACAAGCAAUGGCAGGCAUCAUGGAAAGAUCAAAAUGCACCGAAUACUGGUGCUUCUGAGAAUGAAGUAAACAAAACGUAGCUAGACAGUUCAUAUGUAUCCAUCGCUACCCAAUAAACAAAAGGGAGGACUGGAGCAAUUAGUACUGUUUUUGUGUACCUCUUUCAAUGUCAAACAGCUGCAGCUUCUAUAUAUUUCUGAGUUCCAGCAAAGAAACCUGUUAGUUUUUCAGGAAUCCUGAUGAUUUGAUUAAAAUUCCUACAGGGAAAUCACUUCUUACU